AUGCAUGGCUGGGAGCCCAACACCUGGACUGGGCAGAAUGUCGAGGCAGAGCCCAUCACUGUGAUGCAUCCCGGCCCCUGGGAAGUGCCUGAACAAGAACCUUCGACGUUGCAGUCGGAGACCAUUCACCUGCAGCAAGAGCUUGCGCGGGUUCGAUCAGACCUCUUCCGAUCUGAGCAGCAGCUGGAAGCACUGCGGGUCGUACCGCAUGCGGAACGCCAAGAAAAUGUCGCAGAUCGCCUCCUCGUCUCAAAGGUGGACUACGGCGCCGAAGGCGAAGGCCCCCGAGAGCUGAUCCCGAUCGUUCUGGGCUUCGAGCGCUUGGGGGAGCUCCUUUCACACUUACAUCCGCAGCAGUUGCAAGAGGCUGCCAAGGCCGCCAAGGAGUUGCCAACUCUUCGACCGUGGCCCCAAGGCCAAGGCGACUUGAGUCACUGCGAAGAUCCAGAGGGUCUGGUGACCAAGUACGUCGAACAGUCGGUGGUUUGGGCAGCGAUGAUUGUGUCUCGUUGCCGGUCCAUGUUCGUCUUGGGCCACCUGAAGCAGAAGAGACUGGGAGCUGUAAACCUCUGCCUUUCUCUUUCGCGAGCGCGUCAGCAUAGAAUGGCAAGAAGUUGGCAGAGAUGGCGGCGCUCCGCUUUGCUGAUGCAAAGAUCCGCUCAGAAGAAGCAAGAGCAGCUGCAGCUGUGGAGUCAGGGAGUGGCGAGAACACUUCGCCUGAAGCUUCUUCAUGCCCAGAUGAAACACCAGCUGCUCUACCUCUUCAACUGCUGGCAACGGCAAGCGGCGCAAGGCAGCCGGUUCAGCCAAUGCCGAAGCAAAGAUGGGUCUGACAACAAACAGCGAAUUCACGGCGUCGAUCAUGUGAGCAGAUUACUGAACAUUCCGGCAUCGCCGUGGCAAAGUGCUCUGAGCACAGAUGGGCAUGACAGUCCGGAGCACAGCUGGGAGAGCUGGCAAAGUUGGCGCAAAGCUCCAAGGUCCUCAGAAAGCUCACCUCGAGGCCAAAGAUCGCCUCCUCGUCAGCUUCGUGCCUCGAAGCCGUCGCUGCGAAAUUUGUUCCUUUUAAUGGCAGAUGGCUUGGUUGCGAGUCAACUGCACGCUGUUCUUCUUCAGUGGCACAAAGGCUUUGCGACGAGGAAGACAGCAGCUGUCGCCCUAAAGAGGGUUUUGCACAAAUGCCUUGAGGGACGCCGGCGCGAAGCAUUGUCGCGGCUGCGUUUCGGAACAAUUCAAAGAAGACCUGUCCGAGUUUCUUCGGAUAAGGGUCUGCAAGUUUUCCUGCCUGGGCGACUUUCAGUGGACAGAAGCGUUCAGGCCAUGGCGGUCGUCCGACCUUCGUCAGAGAAGAGCGUGCAAACGCUCCGAGAAAAGAAUAUCUCCAACAAUCCAUGGUGUCAGUCCUGGCUGACACGAAUCCUGCGGCGAGGCCAGCGCCGCUAUCUCGCCCGCGCAUGGUGCGCAUGGACUCGUGAGUACGUGCUUCGACGCCUUGACACAGUGCUCAAUUCUCGGCUCGCUUCGAGGCUGCAGUCUGUUCGAUGGCGGACGAUGCACAGAUAUCUGUCCGCUUGGAACACGCACUGUCUUCGGCAGCAUCUUCUCCGCGUCCAACAGGCCCGAAACGGAAAAACGCAGGCGUUGGUGAGGGCAGUGUGCAGGCUGACGGUGCCAGGAAAAGUCGCACUCAGGGCUCUGCUAAGGGCAUGGCAAGAGCGCAUCGCUGCAAAAGUCGAAGCCUUGCGAAGCAUUUUCCGUAGCUGGAAGCUUUCUUCAUUCCGUACUCGAGCUCUGCUUGGCGCACGGAGAUUUCUGGAACGUCGAGGUGCUGAGGACGCAUGCCGGCACUCUUACACUUUGUUCGCCAGUUGGAAGUCUGCUGCAAGGGACAAUUCUGAACGCCGUGCUUGUGCAGAACGCUCUCAGCAAAGUUGGUUGGCAUCCAAAGAAGAGCUCACCAAGCUUUGUCGAAGGGCGCUUCUUGAGAGGACCUGGGCAAGGUGGCGUCACGUUGCAGCAGAGGAUUUUGCACGAUUUCGCAGCAGUCGGCUUUUGGAGAUGAGUGGCGAUCUACAACUGGCCCGACAAGUCCUCCUUUCCUUCCAGGGAUGGAAGAUACUUCUCUUUGCACGACGUUCCCAUCCUGCUCGCAGACCUUCACGAGCAAUGGACAGUUUCGGCUUUGUUGCCUUGCUCGUGGCCAUCGUGUCUGGGUGGCGACAGUUGGUCAACAGAUGCCGGCAUAGGCAGCUUGUAGCCAGCAACGUGAUCCGAGCAGUCGCUGCCACGAGCUCGAGCCUGCUGCUGGUUUCACUGUGCAGGUGGUCGCGGCUCGCAUGCCAGAGCCGGCAGCGGGCCCGUGCCUCCAAGUGCCAGGAUCAGCUUUCUUCCAAGUUGGCCGCACUGCGUCGGAAUCGCUAUCUCAAUGCCGGCUGGCGCGGAUUCGCCAUGAUGCAUGGCAAUCGGAAGGCACGCCGAGCUCACGUGUUCAUGGAUCCAGAGGCGGUGGCAGCACGGAGAGUCCUUUUGCACUCUGCAACUCCCUCGGAUGUCUGGCUGCUACACCAGGUCCUCCAGGUCUUCUGCUUGGAGGUAGAGCGCAGCAGGAGCAGAAAGAGGGAGAUCGUCUUCCAAAUGCGGGGGAAGAAGCUCGCUCAGCUGGUGGCCGGGGCCAUGUUGCCGAAGUGGGAAGCAGCCAGCCGCUGUGCGCUCCUUCGGCACGCUUUUGCAGUCCUGCGACAAGCCGCCUUGCAAGAGCAGCAGCAGCUUGCCCAGGCCAGCAUGCUGCAAUUUCGGCGGGAGCUGGAGGAAGAGAGAGGAGCUUUGCGGCUCCGGCAGCAAGAGGAUCUGGCAAGAAGGGCACGCCAUCGUCGCAACUCUUUGCGGCCGCUCGUCCUUUGUUGGCGCAUGGCCGCCGCUCAUCGGAGGCAAGCUACAUGGAUGCAUUUGCUGAUGCACAAAGUUCACGCUGGAGAGCAGGGAGGCAUGGUCACGGCCAUAGCGUUCUUCGUCUGGCGGCGGUCAAGCAUGCGCUUAGGACCUCGCUGUCAACGGUCGAUAAUGAUAUUGAUGAACUGGCGGCAACGAAAGGCUCAGUCGAAGCUCUUGACAGCCUGGCGGGGAGAGGCUGCGCGGCAAAGGCUUACCUCAGGCUUGUGUAGAGACUUCGAGCAUACUCGAAAGAGCCGACCAACGACCUUCCUCGGCUGCUUGCUCGCGGUACGGCUUUGGCAUCGCGUUGUCUGCGAAGCUCGCGGAGGUCUUAGAAUGCAAGCUGCGCUGCUGGAACGCUCCGCGACAAGCCAGGCUACUCAACAAAUUCUUGCUGUUCUGCUGCAAUGGGCCCGUUUGGUUGCAGAAUCGCGAAAGCGUGCACGACGCAGAGAUUUGGCGCACUGCCAGCUGCGACUUCAGCGCAACGGCUUUCUGAGCUUCCUUGUGCACGCUUGGGCACGCAUGGUGGACAGAGAGGUCUUGGCAAAUUGGGCACGCGCCUGCGACAGGAGCUUGGCUGCGGCUGCCUCCGCCUCGGAGUUUUACAUGCACAAGCGCCGGACACUUCUCAUUGCCGCGAUCUGGUCCGGCUGGUGUUUCCAUGUCUCUGAGAUGCGCGGCCGAUGCAAGUUGCUGCGGAUCUCCCAGAGCGCCCGGAAUGCCGAACACGUUCAGCUGCAGAUGAUCCUCUGGAAGCACUGGACCACUUCAGUGCUGCAGGCCCUGCGUCGACGCGAGGAGCUCAGGCAUCGCAGCCAAAGAAAGGAGCUGCAGACCGCGAGGCGACGGGGCUCUUUGCUAUCAUCUGGCUUUUGGCGCUGGCGGCUGCGCGCGCAGAGAUUGGGACUGGUCCUUAGAGUACAGUCGGUGCAAGCCCAGGCAUUUGUUUCAUUGCUGUCGCCCACCUUGUGCUGGCGCCUUUGGGCAGAACUGGCCAGGCAAAGGCGCCUCUCCCUCGCACAAGGACACCUUGUCAAGCGAAGUGCCGCAAGGCUUGUGACCCAAAGCAUACGCGCUGUGGUUGCCGCUCGUCUUGGCCAAGCACUUGCGCAGUGCGCCCGCCAUGUUGGGUUGCGAAGUCAGGCUGCCAGAUUCAGCAGCCGCGCCGAGGAACUGGCCAGACGACACUGCCAGAGGAGAACAUUGAGUGCCUGGCGGUCAGCAGCGGAACGCACGGCUCGGGCACGCCUUUGUUCCAGGGCGCUGGAUGUCAGCCUCCAGCGAUUCGGCAGUGCUACAGUUUGCCCAGGGCAUGAUCGGCUCGUAGGACGCGGCUGUCCAGCCGUGUUCACAGCACGGGCCAACGAGGCUCUUCUGUUUCACAGCUGGCGACUCUGUGCCCGCUGGGCUGCAUGGUUCGACCGUGCCUGGCAGCGGAGCGCUGAGGUGCGAUCCGAUCUUCUUCUGGAGUCGCAACAAUUACAGGAUGAGCUGAGGCGGCAGCACAGCCGCGCUGAACGUAACGCGGAGGAGUUGCAGCACCUGAAGGGAAAAUACCAGCAUCGGCAAGCUCGCGGAAACAACCAUGACAGAACCAUGGUGGAACCUGUGGCCGUGGAGACUGAGCCGGUGGUCGCUCACAGCAAAGAGAACGAUGCCGGGCUGGUGGAAGUGCUGCGUCGACGAGGAAGCAUCGAUGCCGAGCUGUUGGCGGUUCCACUCGGCAGCUCUCGACGAAGGUGA